CCGCUCCCUCGGCCGCUUCUCAUAGGACAUGUGCUCCCAGCCCUUCACCAGCUCCGCCGCCCUUCUCUGGACACGCUCGGUGUCCCUCCCGGAGCGAGGCGCCCAGAAGCGGGCACAGUAGUCGUGGUGGCCUCAGGGGUGCCGAGCACAGGGCAGGAAUCGCUUCCCUGGUCCUGCUGGCCACGCUAUUUCUGGCAGAACGGGACGCGGCUCCUCUUUCCGGGGACACUCCCGAGGCCGGUGUCCGGCAGCGCGCAGCCGCCCGGGCCGCAGCGCCCGGAGAUGGCGGCGGGGCAGGAAGCGGGCGGGCGGCGCCAUGCCGGGCCCCGCUGCGGAGGUUAAAAAAGUGCUACUUCUCCUUGGAUUUAAAAAUGUCUGAUCUGAAAAAUAUUAUACACAGAACCCAUUGCAUUGAAAAACUGCUGUCUGAGAACAAUUUGCAAGAUGUUGAGGAUCAUCUUAAAGAACUUGAAGGUGUUGAUAUGACUGUAGAAUAUCUUCAGGGGACAGAAGUUACCAAGGCUGUAUAUAGAGUACUCAAAAGUUGCCCUUCAGGAGAGUUGAAAAAGAAAGCGAAGCAGUUAUUGUCAAGGUGGAAAGCACUUUACAAGAAUAAUUGUGCUCAGUCAAUGCAAGUUAAAAAGCCAGUUUCUAUGUAUGUGAAAGAAGAAAUUGAGCAUCUCCAUGUAGUUCCCAGAGAGCAGUCACUAUCUGAAGGACUAUGUCAGCAGGAGGCAUUAGAUGGUACUAGUUCCAACAUUUUGGUCCCGUCACAAACUGUUAAAGAUGCGGUAUGGAACAAUGCAGAAGGCAGUAUGAAUCAGCAUUCUUCUUUUGAGGAGCAGCACACUGUUCAUGAAGAUUCUAAAUCUAUUGCUAGCGAAACAAGUCUGCAGCAGGAUCUGAUGAGAGCUCUGAGGUGUAAAUGUGUGGAUCUUCUUUAUAAAGCUUUGAUUGGUUCUGCCAAAGACGAAGAAGAAGCUGUUAAAUGGCUAGAGCUAGCUAAAGAAAUUGAAGAACAUAUUUUUGCUCUUCAUGCUAAAAAUGAUAAGAAGUACAAAAAUUGCGUCAGAAGUAAAAUUUCUAACCUUAAGAACCCUAAAAGUUGCCACUUGAAACAGAAUCUUCUUUCAGGAACUUUGAGCCCAAAGGCUUUUGCUGAGAUGACAGUGAUGGAAAUGGCUAGUGAUGAACUGAAACAGCUCAGGGCUCUGUACACAAAAUCAUCUGUUCAGGAACAUCAGCUUCCUCAGGUUAUUAAUGGCACACAGACAAACAAAAUAAAGUGCAGACGCUGUGAAAAAUUUGAUUGCACUGUCACUAUGAUUGCCAGAGGAACUCUCUUUCUUCCAGCUUGGGUGCGAAACACAAAUCCAGAUGAACAAAUGUUGACUUACGUUAUUUGUAAUGAAUGUGGAGAGCAGUGGUAUCACAGCAGAUGGAUUUGUUUGUAAUGUUAUCCUUCUUUAAUAAGGAGCUUGGAAACGUGUAUGAGAAUGUACCUCUGUUGAAACAGUAAUUUUAAAUUCUGUGCUGAUAUUAUGUGGGUGCUGCCACUAAAAACUGCAAAAUCAGUUUUUAAGAAAACUGCUAAUAUGUUUUUAAAGAUGGCUUGAAUGAAUCUUACAUGUCUUUAAGUAAUGUAAAUAUGUAAAGAAAUAGAAGGAUAAAGGGAAAAAUGGUUACACUGUAUCUGAAUGGAAUAUUUGCUAGUAAAUUCAUUAAAAUUAUUCCAAGUGCUGAGAUUUUUCCUGGAGGGACUGGAUACUUGAAAUUUUUUUUAACUUCAGGAGUUCUUUCACAGAGUGUAAGUUUCAUUUACAGUAAACAAACUGUUUCCAAAACUGCAGUUGACAUACUUGUGUGCAUUGCAAAAUGUUCAUUGUGGAUUCACUUCUUAAUUAAAUCGCUUUUUGCAAGUAUUAGAUUAGUGGUGAUUUCUAACGGGGAAAAAAGGAACUAAAAGUGGAGCUUUAAAGGGGAUAGAAAGCAGCUAGCAAAUGAAAGCAAGAAUGAAAUUCUGCUUUAGUGUUUUUAGCUAUUAGAAGGAAAACAGGACUUGUGACAGUCUGUCAGUAUGCAGGCUAGAUUUACAAUGUAAGAUGGUAUGUCCUGCUGCAAAUAAAUUAAUGCAGGAUCAGACAGUGGAUUAUUUCAGAAAAUGAUGUAAAUAUAUUACUGGAUUUAUGUUUAUUUAGUAAAAUUAGUAGCAGUUAAUAACUUUCUUGAGUGGAUAUCCUCUCUGGAACUGGGAUAUCUGUCCUGAACUGAGAAAAUUAAUGUUUUAUAUAGCGCACAUUACCCAUAAAAAUGAAUAGAAGGAAAUUCAGUAACAGAAGUUUUUAUACAUAUUUUUGUUCCAGAGUCAA